AUGUCCAAUGAUCCUGUAGCUGUUGAAGACUUUGGAACGAUGUGGAAAUUUAUAAUACAACAAAAAUCCACCUUGGUGUGCUUCAAGGAAGGAUCAGAUGACAUGAUUGGUGUGAAUUUAAACCUUGUUUCCAGCAAAAAUGAUCAUUUCCUGGAGGAAAUUAACAAACAAAAUCAGAGUGUCAACAGCAAACUUUUAAUUGACAUCUUAGGUUUGAUGUACAAAGACUUUGAUACAUAUGAGCAUUAUGACGUUGAUGAAUAUUUGACUUCGUUUGGCCUUGUGGUCGAUAGAAAAUACCGUGACCGUCGCAUCGGAGAGCAAUUUCUUCGUAGCAGAAAGCCAUUUUGUGAGGCGUUUGGCAUCAAGCUUACAUCAACCAUUUUUACGUCCAAUUUUUCGAACAAAAUUGCUGAUAAUGUUGGAUUUAAACUCGAUCGAGUUCUAAGUUACGCUGAUAUUCGCAACGAUUAUCCCGAAUUCAAUUUGCCACCUAUAAACAGCGACUUAUUGACUCUGAAGACACUCGUGUUUUAAUUGAUAUAUAAUCCGUAACAAUUGACCAAUAAUAAACAUAUGAAGAUAUGAACAAUUCUUUCAAAUUGCUAUGUCAUUGCGAAAUUCACAAUGUCAAAAUUGUGUCAUGAAUAAAUGAUUUAAUCCAUAA